ACGUCAAGUCCGGAAUGCUGCUAACACGCAAUCUCGAACACACAUGGAAAUCGGGCGUCGUAAAAACCUAUUCAUUUCGAUUAUAUAUUCUCAUAAAUAACCGUACUAACACGUACACUCUUCAGAAGAUUUACUCUAAUUUGUGUUCUCCUAAGUUUAAAACUCUCUGGAUGCCUGUAAUGUCCACUCAAGCUGAUCAGCGUCAUAAGGAUGGCCCCGGCAAAGGGCACGAAUCUGAUUCAGGAAUGGUAUCUGAUGGCAAUUUUGAACAGUAUUUGCGAGCAAAUGAUGAUCAGAACACUGGAAAUCACGGUGAACAACCAAAUCCCAGUAACCCUGUGUCAGAAACUUACUUACCAACAUUUUAUGCACCAUCAUCUGCGAACUCAGCUUUAUCAUCCAUGCCUUUUCAGUACAUUGGUACUGGUAUGGGUGACACAUGGUCAACCAAUGGGACUUCUUUAUUUCACAACUCGAAUGGUGCUUUUUCUGCAGUUCCUGAUCAAAUGAUGCAGACUAAUCCAGGGAUAGCAAAUGGUUAUUUGAAUGGAUUAGAUCAUUUACAAAACACAGGCCUGCCUAAUAACAUUGCAUAUUUAAAUCCGCAAGCAUUGUUUUUCCCUGGCAACACCACAGAUCUCUCUUGGGGUGGACAACCGCAAGGUUCAUCUGCAUCAAUUCUUGGGGACUUUUAUCAUCAACCAACAGCAGCUCUUGAAAAUAGUGGACAAGAGACUGUUGCAGAGAAUAGAGGAGUUGAACGGACUCUGAGUGCACUAACUUUGCAAGUUGAUGAAGCGAAAAUAAAUGGUGAAAGUGCUCAUAAUGGGGAAUCAAACACUUCUCCACAAUCUAGUAGUGGACUUCAAAAGCCAAAAUCAUGGGCAGCAAUUGCUAGCCAACCAGCCAAACCGAAGCCUCCUGCUCCUAAGGUGAAGCCCUCUGCUCCAGUAGCAAAUCGGGAUUCUUCUUCAUGGAAUGGUACAAACACUUCUGUAAAGUCUGUUGCUAAAGGUGGAGCACGACAAGGUCAACAAAAAAACCGGUCUGGUGGUGGAAAUACUGGAUUGUCUAACAUUUCCGCUCCCAAUCAGCCUGUAGUCCCAGUUCUUGCUAGACUUAAGUCUGCCAAUGAAUAUAAUCCAAAGGAAAUAAAUUUACGGUUGAAGGAUGUUCGUUUUUUUAUCAUUAAGAGUUACAGUGAAGAUGAUAUUCACCGUUCGAUAAAAUACAGCGUUUGGACAAGUACUGAACAUGGUAAUAGGAGGUUGAAUGAUGCAUUUAAAGAACAACAAAAGAGAGGUCCCAUGUACUUGUUGUUCAGUGUGAAUGGUAGUGGCCAUUUUUGUGGAAUUGCUGAAAUGAAAUCUGAAGUUGAGUACGACAUUGAAACUGGCAUUUGGUCUCAAGAAAAGUGGAAAGGAAAGUUUGCAGUAAAGUGGCAUUAUGUUAAGGAUGUACCUAACAAUGCAUUGAGGCAUAUUCGUUUGGAAAAUAAUGAUAAUAAGCCAGUGACAAAUUCACGUGAUACUCAGGAAGUUCCAGUCGACAAAGGAAUUCAGGUUGUCAAGAUAAUUCAUUCUUACAAGAACCAGACUUCUAUUUUUGAUGAUUUUGGCCAUUAUGAGAAGCGACAAGAAGAUGAAAUCAAGUCUAAGGGCAAGAAGCUUGUGGGUGUCCAAGCUCCAUGAAUUGCUUUCUUCUUGUGUUUCAUUGUAUGGACUUGAAUUAAUAUGAUUGUUGUUGAUGUCAACUGUGCAAAAUAUACUUGUGUAAUAGUGUAUGUGAUUUGUAUAGUUAACCAUUUAGCUUCUUAACAAGACUUGGUUUGUGUGGACGUAUUGGAAGUUUCAUCAUUUAAUUAUAGUAGAAAAUUUAACUUGAUUAAGAAUGUGCUAUUCUUAAUUACGUCCAAAUUAAAUUGAAAAAUCAAAAAACCUCCACAAACAUGCAAA